UAGUUCCUGAAUACAGAUUUAAUCUUGUUUGCAAUUAUUUCGAAGGCGAGAAGUCAUCUGGAUCAGAAUUAAGAUGCUCUGGUUUCAAGGAAAUAGCAUGCAACUUGCCAGAUCCUCCCUUGGACUCUUCUUGAUAAACUGCUCCGCCUCUAAGACAACUCUGCCUGUGCUGACCUUAUUCACAAAGGACCCAUGUCCCCUCUGUGGCAAAGCCAAGGAAGUACUCAAGCCUUAUAAAAACAGGUUUAUUUUACAGGAGGUGAACGUCACACUUCCAGAAAACUCUGCCUGGUAUGAAAGGUAUAAAUUUGACAUUCCUGUCUUUCACUUGUGUGGCCAGUUUCUGAUGAUGCAUCGAGAAAACACCUCAAAACUUGAAAAACAGCUCCUGAAACUUGAGCAGCAAAGUACCGGAGGCUGACUAACGCCCUCAUGAUUUCCACCCUCUCUUCCUAUAUGGCAUCUUCCUAAGGAAAUGACCAUGGCCUGAUACUCCUUUUGUCACCUAUACAGAGCCCUAAGGAUAUUCUGAACUCAGUGGUGCCAAAUAAAUGUUGA